CGCACUCCCCGCCCGUGUCUCCCCCUCCUCUGACACGUCCUCCCCGGUGUUCCUGCAUGGCCCCUGCCGUUGUACUGCUCCUUCUCCUGCCGGGCCUGGGACUACUGGCCUCCGGUCAGGAGCCGGUGCUCGGUAACGACUCCUCACCUCCUUCCCUGGUUAUUGCACUUCUGGCUCGCAACGCCGCACAUGCGCUGCCCUACAGCCUGGGGGCGCUAGAGAGACUGCAGUACCCUAAGGAGAGGAUCUCCAUCUGGUGUGUGACGGAUCACAAUGAGGACGCCACCCUGGAGGUGCUGCGGCAGUGGCUGGAGGCGGUGCGCCCCUUGUAUCGGUCGGUGGUCUGUAGAGCGCAGGAGUCCCCCAGAUGGUUUCCUGAAGAGACUGGUCCAAAACAGUGGCCCAAGGAGCGCUAUGAGCACGUGAUGAAGCUCAGACAGGAGGCCCUGGACUACGCAAGAGAGAACAGAGCCGACUACAUUCUGUACACCGAUGCGGACAACAUCUUGACCAACGUUCAGACCGUGCAGUCGCUCAUGGCAGAGAAUAAGACCUUGAUAGCACCGAUGUUGGAUGCCCAGACAGGAUUCUCUAACUUUUGGUGCGGGAUGACUCCUCAGGGAUUUUAUCGCCGAACAGCCGAUUAUUACCCCACAAAGAACCGCCAGCGUGUCGGCUGCUUCCCUGUCCCCAUGGUGCACUCCACCUUCCUGCUGGACCUGCGCAAGGAAGAGAGCAGCAAACUGGCAUUUCACCCCCCUCACCCCAAGUACACCUGGACCUAUGACGAUGUCAUUGUGUUUGCACACUCGUGCUUGGCGUCAGGAGUGCAAGGUUACAUAUGCAACAACCAUCACUUUGGAUACAUCAAUGCACCUCCGCUCCCACAGCACGACCUGGAGGACGACAAGCUGAAUUUUGUACACCUUCUGCUAGAGGCAAUGGUGGAAGGCUUCCCAUUCAUUACCUCUCAGUACGUGUUCCCGCCAGAAAAGCAUCCGGACAAAAUGGGAUUUGAUGAGGUAAUUCUCAUAAAUCUUCUUCGCCGCCCUGAACGUCGGGAGAGAAUGCUCCGCUCCCUGUAUGAGCAAGAGAUCGCUUGCCGCGUGUUGGAUGCAGUGGAUGGAGGGGCUCUGAACAGCAGCGACAUCAAGCGUCUUGGGGUGAAUCUUCUGCCGGGAUUCUACGAUCCAUUCUCCGGUCGGACCCUCACUAAAGGGGAGGUGGGCUGUUUCCUCAGCCAUUUUAAAAUAUGGCAAGAGAUAGUCGAUCGGCAGCUGGAGGGCACUCUGGUGUUUGAGGAUGACGUACAGUUUACAUCCUAUUUCAAGCGAAAGAUGAUCCGACUUCAGGAUGACAUCCGGGCCGCCAAGCUCGAGUGGGAUCUGAUAUACAUAGGCAGGAAACAAGUGACCACAGAUCCUGAGAAGUCAGUGGAGAACGUGAGGAACCUAGUGGAAGCCGAUUACUCCUAUUGGACCCUGUGUUACAUGAUCUCCUUGCAGGGGGCCCAGAAGCUGCUGAAUGCUGAGCCCCUCUCUAAGAUGCUCCCAGUUGACGAGUUCCUGCCCAUUAUGUCAGACACACAUCCAAACAAGGAAUAUAAAAGCCAUUUUCCUGUUCGAGAUCUGAAGGUUUUUUCUGUGCAUCCUCUUCUUGUUUACCCCACUCAUUACACUGGGGAACCCAACUGGUUAAGUGACACCGAGACCUCCACCCUCUGGGAUGAUGACAACAUACGGACAGACUGGAGCGGAUCACAGAAGACCCUCAAGGACUCUCGGGGGGAUAUGCAUCAUGGGCUCCAUUCUACAUCACGAGAUGAGCUGUGAUCCUGAAGGUGAACUCUGUCGCUGUUUGCAGAUUGUCACCUCCUGCAUCACAUGAACAUUGGAGAACUGCACACUGCUCACAUUGCUGGCACAGGGCUUGGCACCAUGUUGUCCAUUCACCAUACAGUCCUGUAGCCAGAUUUGAACUCUUGUUUCAGGCAGUAGAACUGAAUGUAUUUGGUCAUCAGAUACAUAUAUCUGUCAGGUUUUGCUAAGAUCAGCUGAUUCAAGCUGGCCAUUCACAUUAGAUGUCGGCCGAACCCACCGAUUCUGCGAAACGGCUGACCACUGAGAGGCAUCCUAUCUCCUGAGGGCAGAGACAGGACUGUAAAGCCUGUAUUACACCUGCCGAUUUUCUGCUCAUUAGUUAUCAUCUGGCAAUCUAAUACUAAGGCCUCAUGCACAUGAACGUAUUUUCUUUCAGUCUCUGUUCCGUUUUUUUUUUUUUUGCGGACCGUAUGCGGAACCAUUCAUUUUAAUGGGUCUGCAAAAAAAAAA